CCGCCCGCACGACACCGGUCCCUAACCUGCCUGACACUACCACUCGAUGACUCAAGCACAAACGUACGCCCUGUGUGACACUGUCGGGAGAGUUUAGUGCGAACGGUGUGUGCUUCUAUGUAGGAACGGUCAGUGCUGUGUCGGUUGUCGUGUGCCCUUGUCAUGUGGGGAGUGCGAUGGCGCUGAUGGCCGGCAUGUGUCCGCGGAGGCCGCUGGGCCUGCUGCUCGCGCUGCUCGCCGCCGCCGCGCUCGCCAACCAGCUCGAAGACAUCCCGCACAAUGAAGUCAAGAAUUGGGCGCUAAAAUUCGGUGUCGACUUAUGGGAGUUUGGCCGGCAUUUCACAAAAAUGAAUCAAAUACAAAACAAAUACCACGAAUACAACGUGGAUGUGGUGCGCAAGGAUGGGCUGCUUCUGGUGCGAGAGCUCGCAGCCGAAGUCAAGAACCACAUGGACUUCAAGAUCAACGCUGUCAUGCGCAUCAUGGACAGCGCUGAAGCGGCAGCCCUGUCAGCCGGGAACGGCGGCAGCGACGGAGCUCCAGGCUCGUACUAUGACGCGCGCUGGCUGAACGUGCACGCUGACGACGGGACCCUGGCUGCGAGAGCGCGACGCCUGGCCCUCACGCCGAGCCGACACUUCGACCAUAUUGCUGUCAACACCAGCUAUAGCGCCGUGCUUAUGCCGCCUUAUAUCAAUACUGAUGAUGGCGAGGUACAGAACCAGAUCGCGUGGUCGGAGCACUUGGACCCCCUGUUCGUGAACAACUAUGAGAUCGACCCCACGCUGUCGUGGCAGUACUACGCCUCGUCUUCAGGAUUCAUGAGGCGGUAUCCAGCAAUGUCCUGGCCACCAGAAGACGGCUACUCGCAUCACGCGAGAGAUUUCUACGACUUCAGGUCUUCAAACUGGUUCGUCGAAGCGGCGACUUCUCCUAAAGACCUGGUGAUCCUCCUGGAUGACUCUGAUGACCUGAGCUCGUCAUACUGGCGGCUUGCCAAGUCCACUGUAUCAGCUCUCCUGGACACCCUCGGACCCAACGAUUUCGUCAACAUCUACCGAUAUAGCGACACCAUCUCCGAGCUACACUCCUGCUACACCAAAGUUCUAGCUCAGGCUCUUCCAGAAACGAUACGUGAACUGAAAACAGCAUUGUGGAACGCUGAGCUCUCCGGAGGUGUGGCUAAUCUGACUGGCGCUCUCACCACAGGCUUCGAAAUCUUACAUCGGUACAACAGAACAGGUCUAGGAUGUCAAUGCAAUCAAGCGAUCGCCGUGAUAGGCGCCGGCGGGGGUGCGGGCGGGGUGAAGGGGGUGUUCCGCACGUGGAACUGGCCACAUAUGCCUGUGCGCAUCUUCACUUACCGAGUGGGAGGAGACGCUACUGCGGGACAUAAUAUGAAGGAUAUGGCCUGCACUAAUAAAGGUUUCUACGUGACAAUAAACGAGCACUCGGAAAUAAAAUCGAAAGUGCUACACUUUGUGGAGGUCCUGGCGAGACCACUCGUCAUGUACCAAACUGUGCAUCCUGUGCACUGGAGCCCCGCGUACGUUGGCGGCAGGAGUAGUAGCCUGGCUGAUGAUGGAAUGGGUCAGCUGAUGUCCUCCGUCACCGUACCCAUCUUCGAUAGGCGAAACCACACGCAAAGAGAAGCCAAUUUACUCGGCGUAGUUGGUACCGAUGUGCCUAUCGAUCAAAUAAAGAAGCUCGUACCACCAUAUAAGUUGGGUGUGAACGGUUACUCGUUCAUGGUGGAUAACAACGGGCAUGUAUUGUAUCAUCCAGAUUUAAGGCCAUUGCAUACGAACGAGGAAUACACUGAGACGCUGCGCCCUCUGUACUCGAGCGUCGACCUCACUGAUGUGGAACUGCUGGUAGACUCGGAUGAGAACUCCAGGGUCAACCUAACAUCACUACUACUUGAUCUCCGCCACGACAUGAUAGAACAGCGUGAAGGUGAAACCGAGAUCGCAGUCAAGGUUCAAUACGACAACAUGAGACGCGUCGCCACUAGACGACAGCGGUACUUCUACAGCCCGGUGGAUGGUACCCCGUUCUCUUUGGCAGCCGUACUUCCUGAUGGGUAUGGAAUGUAUGAGCUGCAAGCGGAACAGGAAGUCAAACAUAGUCCCGUUAAUGUCACGGAAUACUUCAAAGGCGAAAACUGGAAAGUCCAUCCUGAUUGGGUGUACUGUGAAUACGCGUCGACGUCUGAGCAGUCGUUCAACUCAGCGGAGGAGCAGCUGGUGCACUUCCUGUCGCGCGCGGGGCGGCCGGGCUGGAAGUGGAUGUCGCUGCGUCCGCGCGCCCUCACGCUGCAUAACGCGCACAAGAGGCAGGAUAGGGACUCCUAUUACUGUGACAAAACUUUAGUGCAAUCAUUAAUUAGGGACGCAAUGGUAAUCAAAGAAUUGGACGCUCACACUGGACAUGCUAGCCAUCACUCACAACAAGGGCGGUUCCACAAGUUCGUGGUGACUCUGUCAUUCAUCGCAACCCGGAGCGGUCUAUUGCGGUGGACGGAGAACGUUAACACCUCCAGAAGUUCUGAUUCAUCUGAACCGCACUUCAGCGAGAAAUACGCUCGCGCUUACGACUCGGAAUGGUACCGUCGCGCAGUGGAGCACCACGCCAUUGAGCCCGAGAGCUUCGUGUUCUCCGUUCCGUUCCGCGAUGGCUCAGAAGCCGAAGAGUUGAGCGGUCGGCCGCCGCUAGUGCUAGCUACCCACGCGGUCUUCGUGGAGUCCCGCGGUCACCGAGCACCCGCCGCUGUCGUCGGACUACACUUCCAGCUAGACUCGCUAGCAAAACACUUCUUGAAUGUCACUUCUGCAUGUACCGGAGGCACGGCUUGCAAGAAGACCUGCGCAGGCGAUGAAUUGGACUGCUACAUUUUGGACGACAAUGGCUUUAUUAUCUUGUCAGAAGAUGUUUCGCAAACAGGACGGUUCUUCGGUCAGGUUGAUGGGACUAUUAUGGAUUCUUUGGUACAAGAUCGGAUAUACAAAAAGGUUGUCGUCCACGACCAUCAAGGCCGAUGUCCAGAUUCCAGAAACUCGUUUAGUGGAGAUGGUCACAAGGUUUCGCCGCUGAAACCACUGUCUUGGCUUGGCGGAUACCUUACAAGCCUAAUAGCAAUGUGGUUCCCGCUGUGGGAGCCAGUCCAUGCGCGAGCUAGACCUUACGCUGAGGAGGAAGUCGAUUACGAAGACUACGAGAGCGAAGAUGUCGAGAACGAAGACGAUUUGGAUAGAGACCGUGGGACCUACGAGAUCAUCAUCGAUGGACUUGGCGAAACAUCUCGGGACAGCGGGCGAGCUCAUCCUCCUCCCCCAUCCCCCGGCGCCGCCCCGCCCCCUCCACCCCGCGAGGCCGCACGCUCGGCAGCCGUGCGGCCUUGUGACACCAGCGCCGAACUGUUCACCCUGCAGUCUUCGAGGCUCAAUACUGCACAGCCGCUCAAGGGCAAGCUCACUAACUGUCACAACUCUGGUUGCGAAAGGCCGUUCAGCGUGCAGAAGAUCCCGCACAGCAACCUGAUCCUGCUGGUGGUGGACACGCUGUGCCCGUGCGGCGCCAAGCGCCUGGACGUGCGCGCGCGCGAGGCGGCCCCGCGCGCCGCCUGCCGCCGCGCGCCCGCGCUGCACCGCCGCCGCCCCGCGCACUGCGGCUCAUACCAUCCCGAGGAAAUCGAGAUUCAGUCGUGCGGUCGCGGAGGACGCUUGCUGCCGGCGCUGGUGGCGGUGGUGACGCCGCUGCUGCUGCGGCUCGUGCUCAGCACGUGACUGCGCCCGCUCAUCUAAGCAGUACUCAGCACGGGACGGGAGCUUUCUCUACCCCACAACCACUCAACCGGUCGAUUUUUUAACAGUUAUCUCGUAGUCUCACGACAUCCCCAGAGAAAGCUUCUACUAUAAAGGCGUUCGAGUGUUCUUGCGAGUCAUGUGUGUGAAGCGGCGUGCGGCUGUAUGUGUGCGUAUAGCGGGCGGCGUGUGUGUGUGUGUGUGCUCGCGCCGCCACUCGCUACAGUUUUGAUCAAUUUUACCGACUGAAGUUUUGGUCCGACCAAGUGAACUUUUGAUCUUGUUUUGAGACAGGAUUAUAGUCGAGUUAGGGUACGAUGAUUAUUGAAAUAUUUUCUCCUCUCUGUUAAGUUGUCACUUUCAUAUUGUAACUGAUGCAGACGCAUACGGUAAAUAGGUAGGUAACUAAUAUCUUGUUAAAUUUAAAUCGAAGAUUAUCACAAACUUGGAGAUCUUAUAAAUUAUAGCUAAUGUUAAUAGGUAUUGAAAGAUAAUUAAUGUAAAAUAUUAAUAUCGUUUAAACUGUUUUAGAAAAAUUUACCUAUGUUGAGACCUAAUUCGAUUUAUUUCUCGAUAUCUGUCAUUCAAAUUUAUCGCAAACUUAUUGAAUAGUUGCUAGGGGUUGAUGUAAAUAAGAAGAAUAUUUGUUUGUAGAGAGGUUUCUUUGCUGAAUUUAUGUGUGCCUGUGUAAUGUAAAAAGUCGUUGUGUCGUCGAGAAGGCGUCGCAGCGCUAACACGCACUGCCAUACAGGGGAACAAACUUAAUCAUAGCACGUUGUUGUUGAGCUGCGAGUCGGUCGGUUGGUCGGUCGAUCCGUCGGUCGGUCGGUCGGUCGGUCGGUAGGUCGGUCGGUCGGUCGGUCGCUCGCGCAGGCGUGUCCCCGGGCGCGGCGACGCGUCUCUGACGACUUUCCAUUCUAGUCGUUAGUGAUUUUCUCGCCUAAUCUUCGAGUAAUGUCGUAAAGAAACUGUAAACAGUUUCGUAUUUUUAUUGUAAAUAUUUUACUAACUUAAAUGGCCUAUUACAAUUUUAAGAAAGUGUGUUGCUAAUAUAUAGGUCGUUCAAAUUCGACUUCUGCUGUCGUAAAGAAUAACUUCAUCAUAUCGAUCUGUAACAAUAAUUGUUUGCAUAUCAUAAUGUUCUCUUUCGAUCGUUUCAAGUGAAAAGACAAGGCCUCGGGACAUUGGAUAAGUACUGACAGUCUACUUUCAUACGUAAAAUUUCAAGUUUCGGAGUAUAAGAGAAUAAGUGUAUUUACCUAUUAAAUUGUUUGUACCUAACCUAAAUGUGAAUGUUACAUAGAGUAAUGAUCAAAUCCACAUACUUACAUACAUUAAACAUUGAAUAGAGUUUUAUAUAUCAUAUUACAUAUAAUAUUGAAUAGUCAUUAAUGUACACGAGUAUACGGCUUGCUAUUGUCCAUUUUAUUGCAAACUUUUGAAAUAGUACAAAAGCCAUACAUGCCUAUACAUAUAUUCCUAACAUAGCUGACAGAGAUUUAGUGCCAAACCACUGUAUUACAAUAUGUCAUAGUUCACACGGAUAUUAUUGUAUGGACCGAUAGUGAGUUUAUGUGUCUGAGGCGCGUAUGUGACGUCACGUGGCCACACGUACGCGGGACAAUAGCAAGCUACACAUUAUAUACGUAGAUUGAUUACAGUAAUCUCUUGAUGUGUACUUCGUAUUAUAAUAUUAAGUGGAAAGCGAACUGAGCGGGCUUAGACAUGUUUAGAAUAGCCUGUUGUCGGCCAGUGUAUAUGCAGUUUACCAACAUUUAUAUGGUACAGUAGUUAGCAUACAUUACCCAAUAAAGUUUUAGAUAUAACAAUUGUGUUGCGUACAAUAGAGAAGUAGCAAACGAAAGCAAUAAUAAAGUAAACUCGGCAUAUCCCCAGUGAGUAACAGCGAGAUUACUGUAGUCAGUGUGCUCAGGGCUCAUGUCACCGGCCGCUACAUACUCAUAUCACGGCAUACUCACAAUAUACUACAGAUAUCGUUGAUUGAAGGCGCUUUUGAGAAAUUGUACAUUUUGUAUAAAUAAUACAGUAAGGAGUCGAUUUAAUGGCGUAGAGAUUGUUUAAACUGGUGAGUGGCGAACGACUGGUAAUGUAUUGAAAGUGCUUCUAAGUAAGCGUCGAGUCUUCCAUAGCAGUCGAACGCGGGGGCGAGUGUUUACUGUUACGUCUAAGUAUUAAACGAUAAUAAUAGCGUAUACUUAUCAUAGCAUAGGCGGAGCUCGCGUCUUGUACCAUGUGCAGAUAUUUUUACUUGCACUUCGCGGGAUUUAGUUCUAUGUAACUAUAGACACAAAACAAAUACCUCGUUUAGUUACUCAAAAUGUAAUAGUUAGACAGAUUUAGCGUUUAUUUCGCGUUUAGUUCUUGGACAUAUCAAUUCAGGCACCAAAUGAGACUAUAGCGUAAGCAAUUUUUAAAUUUUUUCAUGUAUUACAAUAUUGAUAUCGAUUAUUUUAAUAAGGUCUUUAUCAAUGUUUUGUAGAGUCGCGGGACUGGCGCGCAAGUUAAUGAUCCCACAUUGACAGGGUCCUCGUUAAAAUAGUUGUGUAGGCGGACUCUGGUGUACUCACUAUGCCACGUUCACUUCAUCCCUAUAUCUUACAUUUUUGUAUACAUAAUGAAUUCUUACUUAUGUCAAUAGAUCUGUCAAUUGAGUUCUAAUGCUUUUUUAGAACUAUAACGGUGUGGGUAAUUUUCAUAACGAUUCGGUUUUGGUAAAGUAUGACGUCACUUUGUUUUACGUAUCUUAGUUAAAAGUUGUAUCAUUCGGCACGGCGAUCUGUGUGAACAUGGUUCUCUAGCGUAAUUCUAGUAAAAUACUGUUCUUUUUGUUACUUGCCAGUUCAUGCUAUAGAUAUACAGUAAUUACAACAAUAAAGUUCUCUUAUAACAUUGUGA